AUGUCACAGCCAAAGGGUCAGCAGGAAGAGUUUGUGGAAACCAUUGAGCCCGAUCAGCCACGGGCUAUCACUCCUAACGAUACCAGUGGGAAAAGAAAUAACCCCAAAGCAGAUCAGGCUUUGCAGUUCAUAGAAGAGGCAGGGCACUCAAACAUUCUGACCCCAGAGAAUAACGCCAAGGUUCUUCGAAAGAUCGAUUUGCGUCUCCUUCCCAUUCUUCUCGGAAUCUACUUCCUCCAGCAGCUCGACAAGUCAACUAUCUCGUAUGCGUCAGUCUUUGGAAUCGUCGAGAAAGCCAAUCUCCAUGGCCAACAGUACUCCUGGUUAGGGGGUUCGAUCUAUCUGGCUCAGCUGGUAUUUCAACCCCUGGUCGCCUACCUUCUAGUCAAAGUACCUCUGGGAAAAUUUCUGGCUGCAUCCUGCCUUUUAUGGGGUAUUGCUUUAACGUGCAUGACUGCAGCGAAAACAUUCGGUGAACUUCUUGCUUGCCGAUUGUUUCUUGGUAUUUUUGAGGCUGGGAUUGCACCGGCCUUCAUUGCAAUCACUCAAAUGUGGUAUCGGCGUCGUGAGCAGCCUGUGAGGCUGAGCUCUUGGUAUGCGAUGAACGGAGUCGUGAAUAUGUUUGGAAGCCUGAUUGCCUUUGGACUCGGUCAUAUAAAAUCAUCUAUAUUUGCACCCUAUCAGAUCAUCUUCUUGUUCUUUGGUCUGGUGACUGUUGGGUUCGCUGCUGUUAUCCUUAUUUUCAUGCCCGAUUCCCCCGUAUCGGCCAAAUUCCUUGGAGAGGAGGACAAACUGUUAUCCAUUGAAAGACAACGAAUGAACCAACAGGGUGUCGAGAACCAUGAGUGGAAAUGGGACCAUGCAAAGGAAGCAUUCCUUGACCCCAAGUCAUGGUUCUGGUUUGCAUUAAUGUUUUCUAUUUCUGUUCCAAGCGGAGGUAUUACUACUUUUGGGCCGUUGAUUAUCAAGUCCUUUGGCCUCAGUGAAUAUGAUACCAUGCUCUUCAAUAUUCCCUUCGGUGCAGUUCAGCUUGUUGCCACAAUGGGGAGUGCUUGGCUAGCGACAGUUUGGAAAAUGAAGGGCCCCGUCUUGGCAUUGCUUUGUCUCCCACCCAUCGCAGGCUGUGUGAUGCUAUUGGAGAUUGCCCAUGACAAUUCCCACAAGGGACCUCUACUUGCUGGAUACUAUAUUAUCUCUGUGUACCCAGCCAUCACCCCGUUGAUAUACUCUUGGUCUGCAGCAAAUACAGCCGGAGAGACAAAGAAGAAGGUCACUACCGCUAUCUUAUUUCGUUUUGACAUUAUUCCCACCCAGGUCCUUGGUCCCAACCUUUAUACCACAAAUGAAGCACCGCUUUACCGUCGCGGUCUACUUUCAAACCUCGCGAUGUUUUGCGUCCUGAUAGGUCUCACCGGGGCAAACAUUGCAUAUAUGUACUUCUUAAACAAGAAUCAUGAGAAGAAACGUGUAGCCCUCGGCAAGGAAGCUAAGAUUGUAGACCAGUCGAUGCAAACCAUCCAAGCCGUCUCUGACGAUGCUAAAGAAGACCUUCCUCAACGAGAUGCAGAUGAUAAUUCCUGGAAGGAUCUGACCGAUAUAGAGAACGAGGACUUUGUCUAUGUCUUCUGA